AUGCACACCCACAAUGGGAAAUCCUCAGCCAUUGACCAGGUCGAUCCGGUCACAGGCGACACCAAAGACUUGCCCUCGAGCAGCUCUUCCCCCGUGCACGCUGCGCCUGAGGUCAUCGGGAUCAACGAUAGAGCGCCUGACGAAAGGACUGGAGAGAAUGCAGACGAGAUCCAGGCGAGCCAGGGAGGCUGGUUUGCAUACUUGAGGACGAGAAACUUUUAUCUCGUACUUCUGCUUGGACAAGUCCUCGCUCUCUGCAUCACAGCAACAAACACAUUCUCUUCGCUACUUGCUGCGCAACCCUUUUCCAUCCCUGCGUUUCAGACAUUGUGGAAUUACAUCCUUCUUACCCUGGUCUAUGGCUCGUAUACAAUCUACAGGUAUGGCUGGAAGGGAUGGAUCAAGCUCAUGCUUAAGGAUGGUUGGAAAUACAUUAUUCUGGCAUUUCUGGAUGUCGAGGGGAAUUACUUCACUGUGCUAGCUUAUCGAUAUACCUCUCUUCUUGCGCAAGUCAUCAUCGGCAUCCUCAUCUGCAUCGGCGGCGUCGGCAUUCUCUUCGGCAGCGACCAUAUCACACAAGGUUCCGGCUUCGGCGGCGUCACCGGAGGCAACCAGCUCAAAGGCGAUCUGUUUGCGUUGGUGGGCGCCACUUUCUACGGCAUGAGUAAUGUGGCGGAGGAGUUCUUGGUCAGCAAGAGACCGCUUUACGAGGUCGUCGGCCAGCUGGGGUUCUGGGGCAUGUUCAUCGACGGGGCCAUGACGGGCAUCUUUGACCGACCGAGCUACAGACAGUCCGUCUGGAACGACGGAAAAGUCGGAGGGUACCUGACCGGGUAUACGCUCUGCCUGCUCCUCUUCUAUUCGGGCGCUCCGAUCAUGUUCCGCCUCGCGUCGGCGGCGUUCUUCAACAUCAGUCUGUUGACCGGCAACUUCUGGGGCGUGGUCAUCGGGGUCAAGGUCUUCCAUGAACGGAUACACUGGAUGUACCCCAUCGCGUUCGUGUGCAUCAUCGGCGGGUUGAUCAUCUACUUUGUCGGAAAGAGCAUUCUGGGCGAGGCGCUGAAGCCCUGGCUCGGCAAGGAUCAGGAGCGGGGUGUCAACGGGUUGGGCACCGCGAGGCGGAGGGUGGAGAGGGGGGAUGAGCUUGUUGUUUGA